AUGGAGGUUACCGAUGAAAACUUGGCUACGUUGGCAAAUUACCUGCAACAGACUUUAAACCCUGACACCAACGUUCGACGACCGGCUGAAAAAUUCCUUGAGAGUGUAGAAGUGAAUCAGAAUUAUGCUAUUCUGGUUUUGCACCUUAUUGACAAAGAGACGGUGGACCUCACGAUACGAGUAGCUGCGGCAAUUGCCUUCAAGAACUUCAUCAAACGGAAUUGGCCUAUUAAUGAAGAUGGAGUGAACCGGAUUCAUGCAUCAGACAGGAAUACUAUAAAAACAUUGAUUGUUUCACUCAUGCUGAAGUCUCCGGAAGCCAUUCAGAGGCAGUUCAGUGAUGCAGUGUCUAUCAUUGGUAAAUGUGACUUCCCUGAAAACUGGCCGAGCCUCAUUCCUGAGAUGGUUGAAAAAUUUAACACUGGCGAUUUCCAUGUUAUAAACGGAGUGUUGAGGACUGCUCACUCAUUGUUCAAGCGUUACCGAUACGAAUUCAAAUCUCAGAAACUUUGGGAAGAAAUUAAACAUGUUUUAGAUAAUUUUGCUAAACCUCUCACAGAUUUGUUUGUGGCCACAAUAGAUUUAACAACGAAACAUGCGGACAACCCACAGGCCUUAAAAGUUAUCUACGGGUCCUUAGUAUUAAUUUGUAAAGUGUUCUACUCUCUGAACUAUCAAGAUCUGCCGGAGUUCUUUGAGGACAACAUGCCUAUAUGGAUGCCCAACCUGCUGAACUUAUUACAAAUCAAAGUACCCUGCUUGGAGACAAAUGAUGACGAUGAAACACCGGGCGUAAUGGAACAGCUUCGUACGGAGAUAUGUGAAUGUGCAGCGCUGUAUGCUCUGAAGUAUGAAGAGGAGUUUGCCCCCCACGCCCCGGCCUUCGUCACUUGUGUCUGGACUGUACUGCUGGCCACCGGACCACAGGCCAAGUAUGAUGCGCUCGUCUCGAACGCAUUGACUUUCCUCGCGAAAAUAGCUGAAAAGAACAAUUACAAGAGUUUGUUUGAAGAUCCCGCGACGCUGAGCAGUAUAUGCGAGAAAGUUGUCAUACCCAACAUGGAGUUUAGAGAGUCGGAUAUGGAACUGUUCGAGGAUAACCCGGAGGAGUACGUGCGUCGCGACAUCGAAGGCUCGGACGUGGACACGCGACGCCGCGCCGCCUGCGACCUCGUCCGGACUCUGGCUCAGCACUACGAGGACAAAAUGAUGAACAUCUUCGGACAAUACGUACAGUUGAUGUUGGCGAAGUACGGCGAGGUGGGCGCGGCGGCGUGGCGCGGCAAGGACGCGGCCAUGUACCUCGUGACGUCACUCGCGUCGCGGGGCAGCACCCAGGCCGCCGGCGUCACGCGAGCCUCGCCCCUCGUGGACCUGGCACAGUUCGCCCAUACACACGUACUGCCCGAGCUGCAGAGGGCUGACGUGAACGAGUUGCCGGUGCUGAAGGCGGAUGCCCUCAAAUAUGUGAUGACCUUCCGAUCCCUGCUACCUAAAGAACUCAUCACCGCGUCUGUACCACUUCUGAUAGCGCACAUAGGCGGGCGGGGCGUGGUAUGCACGUACGGCGCGUGUGCGAUGGAGAAGCUGAUCGGCGGCGGCAUGGUGGCCCGCGCCGACCUGCAGCCGCACGCCGCCGCGCUGCUCGCCGCGCUCUUCGCCGCGCUCGGCCAGGCGCACGACCCGCAGGACCACAACGAGUACGUCAUGAAAGCUAUUCUACGUACGUUAUCGUGUCUCCAAGAUGGUUGCCUGACGUACUUGGGUGAUGCUUUGCCGAAGCUCGCCCAUAUGUUGUCUGUAGUCGCCAAGAACCCGUGCAAGCCACAUUUCAACCACUACCUCUUUGAAACUCUGUCACUCGCCGUGUCGUUGGUGACAAAAUCGAAUCCCAGCGCCAUAUCAGCGUUCGAAGACGCUCUGUUCCCGAUAUUCCAAGAGAUUCUACAGAACGAUGUUCAAGAGUUCAUGCCGUACGUGUUCCAGAUGUUGUCCCUGCUGCUGGAGCUGCGCGGGGCGGGCGGGGCGGGCGGCGCGGGGGGCGGUGCGGGCGGCGCGGGCGGCGAGGCGUACGGCGCGCUGCUGCCGUGCGUGGUGUCGCCGGCGCUGUGGGAGCGCGCCGCCAACGUGCGCCCGCUAGUGCGGCUCCUGUGUGCCUUCGUCGCGCACCGCACGCAACUCGUGCUCGACUCCGGACGACUUAAUGCCAUGCUAGGCGUGUUCCAGAAACUGAUCGCUUCGAAAACCAACGAUCACGAAGGAUUCUACCUCAUUCAGACCAUGCUGUAUAAAUUCGGAAAUGACGUGAUGGGUCAGUACGCGAAGCAAAUUAUGACGCUGCUAUUCCAACGUCUGUCUUCAUCAAAGACUACGAAGUAUGUGCGCGGUCUGAUCGCGUUCCUCGGCUUCUACGCGGUGCACUUCGGCGCAGACCCAUUGAUCGAUCUCAUCGAGUCCGUUCAGACUGGCAUGUUCCGCAUGUACGUGGAGCGCGUGCUGGUGCCGGACCUGCAGCGCGUGGGCGGCGCGCUGGAGCGGCGCGCGGCCGCGGCCGGCUGCGUGCGUCUGCUGGCCCACUCGCGCCGCAUGCUGCAGCACGACCUCGCGCCGCUCUGGACGCCGCUACUGCAGGCUUUGAUAUCAUUGUUUGAGCUGCCGACGGACGAGUCAGCUCUACCCGACGACCAUUUCAUCGAAGUAGAUGACACGCCCGGCUACCAAGCUCAGUACGCUCAGCUUACCUGCGCUAAGGGAGCCGCCGGGGACCCCCUCUCUGGUAUCGAGGAUCCGGUGGCAUUUUUAGCGACUUCAUUAGGGUCGCUGGCGAGUCGUGCCCCAGGCGUGUUGCCUCAACGCCUGGCUGCCUUAGACGAGCCUCAUCGACAGGCAUUGCAGCACUAUCUCAACACAUACAGCGUACAGAUAUGCUGA